AUAUAUUUUUUUAAAGUCGAUGACGACGUUCUGGUACACUUGAGUAAUCUUUAUAAAUUUCUGAAUGAUGAAAAUCUCCCAGAGAAUGCAAUAAUCGGUCGAUUUGAAAUGUCAAAAACGAAAUACCUCAGAAAAAGGAGUGAAUUCAUCUUUCAGCAAUAUCAAAAUUCUUAUGAAAUUCAGCCAGAUUUCAUUGAUGAACCAGCAUACUUGAUACCCGGUCAUAUGGUUGAGAAAGUUUACAUGACGCUAAUCAAUUUCCCAUUAUUCACACUCGAGGAUGUAAUUCUCAGGAUAAAAAUGACGCAGACGCUAAACUACAAUUUACACAGCAAUAAAAAAUUCCAGACAAGGCAUUUCCUUCCCUUUAGCAUCCCAUGUUCACACGAGCAUUUCAUCACUAUUCAUUCAAUAAAAGCGAGUGAUAUGAUAAUUCGUUGGGAAAGACUCCGUAAACCGUACAGCUGUAAUUUGUUUGAUAAGUUUAUGGCUUAUUUGGUCUGAAAAUUUGAUUUGCAUUUAUGAUUGUCAAGGGUCAUA